AUGGCUGACCCGGAUGAUAUAUCCCCCCACUCAUCUACUGGCUCAUCUGAUGCUGUCCACAUCCAUUUGGACACCAAGAUCGAGUCCGGCCUCUUCGACGAGAAGACGCCUCGUGUCAAGGAGUCCACCGUUACCGACACCCCUCGCGGUGAUGAUGACGACGAGGACCAGGACAUGGAUGCCCUGAUUGACGAGCUCGAGUCAGAGGAUGGCCACCAGGAAGAGGAACAAGGCGAGCGUGAGGAUGCUGCCCCGGGAGCUGUUCGCGUCGUGCCAGACAACCAGCUUCAGACCGAUACACGCAUCGGCCUGACGGAGGCUGAGGUGCACGCCCGUCGCAGGAAGUACGGCAUGAAUCAGAUGAAGGAGGAAAAGGAGAACCUGUUCAUCAAAUUCUGUGGCUACUUCAUUGGCCCUAUCCAGUUCGUCAUGGAGGCCGCGGCUGUGCUCGCUGCCGGUCUCGAGGAUUGGGUCGAUUUUGGUGUUAUCUGCGGCCUUCUAUUGCUGAAUGCAGCCGUUGGAUUCAUACAGGAGUUCCAGGCCGGCUCCAUCGUCGAUGAGCUGAAGAAGACUCUUGCUCUCAAAGCCACUGUCCUUCGUGGCGGCCGUCUCUGCGAAGUUGAGGCCCAUGAAGUGGUCCCUGGUGACAUUCUCCAAAUCGAAGAAGUAAGUCCAUCUCGAGCUGCGAAUCUGCGUGCCAGUGGCGCUGACCAAUCCCUUGUGCAGGGUACCAUCAUUCCGGCUGACGGCCGCAUCGUUACCGAUGGGGCCUUUCUCCACAUCGAUCAAUCGUCCAUCACGGGCGAGUCUCUCGCAGUUGACCGACACAAGGGUGAUCAAUGCUACGCUUCUUCAGGUGUCAAGCGUGGUGAGGCCUUCAUGGUCGUUACCGCAACUGGCGACAACACUUACGUCGGUCGUGCGGCAGCGCUUGUUAACCAAGCGUCCGGCAUAACAGGCCACUUCACGGAAGUCUUGAACGGUAUUGGGACGGUUCUUCUGGUCUUGGUCAUCUUCACCAACUUGGUGGUCUGGGUCUCUUCCUUCUACCGGUCCAACCCAAUCGUUACCAUCCUCGAGUACACUCUUGCCAUCACCAUUAUCGGUGUGCCUGUUGGCCUCCCGGCUGUGGUCACCACAACCAUGGCCGUCGGUGCUGCUCAUCUCGCCAAGAAAAAGGCAAUCGUUCAGAAACUCUCGGCCAUUGAGUCCCUUGCCGGUGUCGAGAUCCUCUGCUCUGACAAGACCGGUACUCUGACCAAGAACAAGCUCUCUCUGGCUGACCCUUUCACUGUUGAAGGCGUAGAGCCCGAUGACCUUAUGCUGACAGCCUGUCUCGCAGCCUCCCGCAAGAAGAAAGGUAUCGACGCCAUUGACAAAGCCUUCUUGAAGGCUCUCCGAUUCUACCCCCGCGCCAAGUCCGUACUUUCCAAGUACAAGGUGAUCGAAUUCCACCCCUUCGACCCCGUUUCUAAGAAGGUCCAAGCUGUUGUCGAGUCACCGCAAGGUGAGCGUAUCAUCUGCGUCAAGGGUGCACCGCUUUUUGUUCUGAAGACUGUCGAGGAAGAUCACCCCAUUCCUGAGGAGAUUGACCAAGCCUAUAAGAACAAAGUCGCUGAAUUCGCUACUCGAGGUUUCCGUUCCCUCGGUGUUGCACGUAAGCGCGGUGAAGGUUCGUGGGAGAUUCUUGGCAUAAUGCCUUGCUCUGAUCCUCCCCGACACGACACUGCUCGCACCAUUAAUGAGGCUAAGACUCUCGGUCUUUCAAUCAAGAUGUUGACGGGUGACGCUGUUGGCAUUGCUCGCGAGACCUCCCGCCAACUCGGUCUCGGUACUAACGUCUACAACGCUGAGCGACUUGGACUUGGGGGUGGUGGGGACAUGCCAGGUUCGGAAGUCUAUGAUUUCGUCGAGGCUGCUGAUGGAUUCGCUGAGGUCUUCCCCCAACAUAAAUUCAACGUAGUGGAGAUCCUCCAACAGCGAGGGUACCUCGUUGCUAUGACUGGUGACGGCGUCAACGAUGCCCCAUCGCUCAAAAAGGCUGAUACUGGCAUUGCUGUCGAGGGCGCUUCUGACGCUGCUCGUUCCGCCGCUGACAUUGUCUUUCUAGCUCCCGGUCUCGGGGCUAUUAUUGAUGCUCUUAAGACCUCCCGACAGAUCUUUCACCGCAUGUACGCCUAUGUUGUCUACCGUAUUGCCUUGUCGAUCCACUUGGAGAUAUUCCUUGGCCUCUGGAUUGCCAUCUUGAACCGAUCUCUGAACAUUGAGCUAGUCGUGUUUAUCGCCAUCUUCGCUGACGUUGCUACAUUGGCAAUUGCCUACGAUCAUGCUCCAUACUCAAAGACCCCUGUGAAGUGGAACUUGCCCAAGCUAUGGGGCACAUCGGUGCUCCUCGGUGUUGUUCUCGCUGUUGGAACCUGGAUCACCCUCACCACCAUGAUCGCCCGUGGCCAGGACGGUGGGAUCGUUCAGAACUUUGGUGUCCUCGACGAGAUUGUCUUCUUGGAGAUCUCCCUGACCGAAAACUGGUUGAUCUUCAUCACUCGUGCCAACGGCCCAUUCUGGUCGUCCCUCCCCUCGUGGCAAUUAACCGUUGCUAUCUUGGUCGUCGAUGUUAUCGCAACCUUCUUCACCCUCUUCGGUUGGUUCGUUGGUGGUCGGACUUCUAUCGUCGCUGUCGUCCGUGUCUGGAUCUUCUCCUUCGGUGUCUUCUGCAUCAUGGGAGGUGUUUACUAUCUCCUACAAGACAGUGUCGGCUUCGACAACAUCAUGCACGGAAAGUCACCUAAGAAGAACCAAAAGCAACGAUCACUCGAGGAUUUCGUGGUCUCGCUUCAACGUGUCUCCACCCAGCACGAGAAGUCCGUAUAA